AGUUUUUUUUCACCAAGAAAAGUAAAGUAUUUUCAAAACCACAAAGAUGCCGGUGAUGACGUCAUGCUGUUGUUGUUUUUCCACGAAAGUCGGCAGCAUUUUAAUUGGUACUAUCAGUUUGGUGGUGUCCUUCUGUGCCUCCGUCGGGUUCUGCUUCGGACUCAUCAACAUAGAGGAAGUGCAACACCAGCUGAAAGUCAAUGUCAUGAACUACCAAGGAAGUGUCACGGCCAAUGUCACGCAAGAUAGACUGAAAGUGCUUGAGGAUGUCAUUGGACUGGAGACUAUUGUUGAUCAUGUUCAGACCAUCUUCAUAGUUGGACUCGUCUACUAUGGUAUCUACACCUUUGCUUCGCUUUUUAUGACGUAUGGAUCAUGUACGAGUAUCAGGGUGUUGCUUCUCCCUUGGCUCGUGUUGGAGUUCGUCCCCCUGGCAGCCCAGGCCGCCUCCAUCAUCGCCCUCUUCAUGUAUGGCAAAGACGACCCCACUUUGUCCCAGGGCGGAGCGUACAUUAUCUCAGGACUUCUUUGUAUCUUGGCGUUUGUAAUUCACGUGUACUGGUGGAUGUGCCCCGUAGCUCUGUACCAAAGUUUGAAAGAAGAAACCAUGGUACAGCCACUUGUACCACCCACCCAUCCGAUGUACCCUGCAGAACUUUUGAAGUACUAACUAUAGAAGAAAGUGCGAAGGAAGGAAGAAAAAAAGUGGGAAAGGAAAAUUGGCGAGAAGCGGGAGAACUGGUUGUGAGAUCGAAGUACAUGAUUAGG